AUGUCAGAACACCGAGCAGCUUCAGAUCCGCAGAAGGCAGAUAGCAAUGUCGUCAACUCAAUGGUGUUGAGCCGAGACCAGUCCCCCCGGCCUGCAGACUUGCCAUACCGCCCUGCAAUGUCACCAGGUGGUGGAUUGCAUCCAGAUGGUGCACCUGUACCUCACAAAACGGGAGAGACCAAACAGCGGAACACUCAAGAUCAUCAGAUCUCACCGUCUCCGGCCAUGAUACCUAUCGAAUUCGUCGACUAUGAGUCCGCUUCCAAAAAAGCCGACCAGAAACGUUUUAAAGGCAGCAUCGCAUCCAGAAACUACAGGCUUCGAAAGAAAGAGGAAAUGAGGAAGAAGGUCGAGGUAUCGAAAUCCGCCCCUGACUCAGAGGCAUCUCUUCAACCGCCGCCUACUAGCCCUAUACCACCGUCUCCGUAUUAUUGUGAUGCACCCGUAAGGGAAAUAGGAGAGAACAAACAGCAGAGCCUUCAAGGAAAACGUUCCACCAUCCAUGCGCUUGUCGAUUCAUCCCCUUCACGAGAGAAGGCACCGAGAAUGGAAGAGCCAUCCAGUAUAGCAGUAUAUCACAGCCCUCCAUCCCCGGCUGCAAUGACCUCAGACCCCGACCUGGGAUUGGCACUUGUGGCUGUGGAAUAUGAGAAGGCGAAAAGGAGACAUUUGAACAAAUCCAGCAGUCGAGAGACAAAGGCGGAAAUGAAGUGGUCUCUGAAGGGAGAAGACGGGGCAUUAACAUAUAAGUCUGGAUCAGAGUCAUCUCUUCAGCGACACCAGAAUGAUUCCGAUUCGGAACCCACCAUGCCACCGACGCCUCCAAACUCCCCUUCCAGCGAAACAGAAAUGCGUGAGCUAAAACGCUAUGCCGCGGGAUUGGAUCACAUAGGGGUAGGAGCUACUUUCAUCAAGUGUAGAUCUAAUUCCUUGAGGUCCUGA